UUUAUUUAUGUAUUUCCUUUGUAAUUCUUUAUUGGGUUUUGAUUCUUUAAGAGUUUCUUGGUUUCUAAAAGGAAUUUAAGACAUUCUGGUUCAUGGGUUCAUUUGAUUCCUGGUAUCUAGAGGAGUCCAUGAGUACCAGGGGUAUCUUUCUGGGACUGGUUAAUUAAAGAAAGAAUCAGUAUCUUGAGUGCUCUUUUUAAGAAGAGAGUCUUUUGAAUGUCAAGUUGAGGUUCAGAUUUCGUACAUUAGUCAAGUUCUGGUCUCUUUAUAGAUAAUUGAUCACUAAAAAGCUUGUUGAUUCUGGAAGUUUGUGUUGAAGUUGGACUUGCAUGAUGACAAAUCCAAGCAAAAGGCUAUGAAGACAGUGUCUACUCUUUCAGGAAUUGAUUCCAUUGCCAUGGACAUGAAGGCAAAGAAACUGACUGUGAUAGGAACAGUUGAUCCUGUAAGCGUAGUCAGCAAAUUGAGAAAAUAUUGGCAAGCAGAUAUUAUCUCAGUAGGGCCUGCGAAAGAGCCUGAGCCUGAGAAGAAAGAGGAGGCUAAGAAAGAGGAACCCAAGAAAGAGGAGGAGGCAAAGAAAGAGGAACCUAAGAAGGAAGAAGCUAAGCCAGAGGAAGCCAAGAAAGAAGAACCCAAAAAAGAAGAGGAGAAGAAGGAAGAAGAGAAAAAGAAAGAAGCAGCACCACCACCAGACCCAGUUAUGGAGCUUGUCAAGGCCUACAGAGCUUACAAUCCUCAAAUGACCACAUAUUACUAUGCCCAAAGCAUAGAAGAGAAUCCAAAUGCUUGUGUUAUCUGUUAAGUGUCGGGCUAUUAUAAAUUAAAGACGACAACUUUUCCUUCCAGCUGAUGAUUGCUUUUAAUCUCAUCAAUGUGUGGUUGAGGCAUGCAUGCGACAUUUAAGAAGUGAGGAGCCCUGUAUAUAGGUGGUGAUAUAUCUGCCUCUUUCAUCUCUUCAGACAUUAAGUAAUCUGUAGAGAGAAUAAAUGAAAUUUUUGCAGCUUGUUCUUUGAUACAUUAUCUAUACAAUUUGUAUAGCUAUUGCUAUUUCUUGUUUC